GGGGCCCUGAAAAACCCGACAGCGUGGGGAUGGCAGAUCCCAUGCUGUCAAUGACCGUGGAAGGAACACCAUUGACCUUCCUGGUGGACACUGGAGCAACUUACUCAACACUGAGAACCACACCAAACAGUGCAACACUCUCCAGCCACACUGUGACAGUGGUUGGUUUUUCCGGGGUUCCGAUGACUCUGCCACUAACUGAUCCAGCCCUGACAAAGCUGGGAAAACAAACUUUGAAACACCAAUAUGUGGUGUCACCACAAGUGCCUGUAAAUCUCAUGGGCAGGGACCUGCUCGUGAAGCUGGGAGCCACUAUCAUGUGUUCUGCAGAUGGGCUUACUGUCAGUCUUCCAGGAGGAAAAGACUUCCCGUGCCUGGGGACAUUUUCAAAGAACCAAUAUCUGCUCCAAGACUCUGAACAAGCUACAGCCGACAUAUACUGGGGAAGGCUAGUAGAAGACGGCAUUCUCAGACAAUAUCAGCUGUGGAAACCCUGGAUAAUGAGCCUGGCCGUCUACACCCCGCCGCGUGAUCCAUACCACGUCACUCUUUUUUAUGAUAGGGACGACGAUGACACGUACCGAGAAAGCUUUCAAUCUGACCUUGAUGGUCAAAUUUGGAACGUGCGUAGCCACAACAUCUAUGUUGGCCCGGAAGGAGUAGCAGCGGCUGUGAAAUUGACGGAGGAACAACUGCCUUGGUACGAGAUGGGAUCAGAUUCAGCUCCUCAUGUCACAUUGGCGGUCCACGUAGGUCAUCAGGCUAGAGAAAUGGGACCGAUGGUCAAGCGGGCGCUGGAUAACGCUUGGUGGCAAAGUACUCAGAUUCCAAAUGUAUGGUAUGCGCCAAAAUGCAAAACGUACCGAAUCACCUGUCUGUCUAAUGAUGCAGUGGUUCUGGAACAUCAGGAAAUCUCAAGAACACACGGCAGGGAAAGAACUGACCAUCCUGAUGCAGUCGCCGCGCUUUCACAACUGCCUGACACUCUGUGGUCUACGGGGCCCACUGACGUCGGCCUCGCUGCCUGUUCACCUGUCCUGUUUCAGCUGAAGUCUGAGGCGCCAAUUAAUAGACCACAAUACAGACACAAACCAGAGGCUGAGGAAGGAAUUGCAGAAACCAUUGAAGGGCUGCUGGAAGUAGGUGUGCUUGAGCCUUCACAGUCGUUUUGGAACACACCUAUUUUGCCAGUGGAAAAACACGGGACAGGAAAGUACAGGAUGGCACAUGACCUCAGGGCAAUUAAUGCCAUACUGCGCACUGACACUGUGCCUGUGCCAAACCCAUACACGGCGUUAACCGCCAUUUCAUGGGACCAAAAGUGGUUUACAUGUAUUGAUCUUGCUAAUGCUUUCUUUUGUCUCCCUCUACAUGAGUCACUUAGGGACAUUUUUUCAUUCACAUACAGAGGCCAGAAAUACAGAUACACACGCCUGCCACAAGGCUUCGCCUUGUCCCCAGGUAUCUUCAAUCAGGUGCUGAAAGAUGCAUUGUCACCAUGCCACCUGCCUGAAGGUUGUACACUAAUACAGUAUGUAGAUGAUCUUCUCAUUGCAGCCCCGUCAGCAUCGGCCUGCACAGCAGCAUCGCUCGUGGUCCUGAACCGAUUGGCAGAAUGUGGGUUCAAAGUGAGCAAAGAAAAACUGCAGUUGGUCCGACCGGAAGUAACAUUUCUGGGCCGAGUCAUCGCACACAGGUCAGUGGGUUUGAUGAACACACACAGAGACCAAAUUCUGACACACCCACAACCAAGAACUGUGAAAGAGCUCCUUUCCUUCCUGGGUUUGACAGGGUACAGCAGACAGUUCAUUCCUAACUAUGCAGGCAAAACGGCCCCUUUAAGGGACCUGAUAAAGAAGGUUGGCGUUCGAAACCUUAAGGCUGAAUUGCCAUGGACGCCACCCACAGAAACAGCAUUCAUUUCACUGAAGCAGGAUCUGUCAAGAGCCACAGACCUUGCUACACCUAACUAUGACGAACCAUUUUACCUUGAUGUUUCUGAAACACAUGGGAUUGUAAAUGGGGUGUUGUUUCAGAAAAAAGGAGGAGGCAGAGAUGUGCUUAUGUAUGUCAGCAUAAGACUAAAUCCAACAGAGGCCAGGCAUCCCACAUGCACACAACACGCAGCUGGGGUAGCAAAAAUCAUCCAGAAAACAGCACAUGUAGUGAGAGAACAUCCACUUAAAGUGCUCACCACACACAGUGUAGUAGCGUACGUGAACUCACAAGCCUUUACCAUGACACCACUGACACAGCAGAGGUUGAGCAAAGUCCUAGACGCUCCAAACUUGACAUUCACACAUGAGGGAAUUAACAUGGCAGACUUGAUGGGGUCAGGGGAACCACACGACUGUGCCAAAAAAGCUGAAGCUGAAGAGAAAGUGAGAGAAGACCUGAAAGCGGAGCCCAUUCCCGGAGCCGAGGACUGGUUCACAGACGGCUGCUGUCACCGGGAUGAAGAAGGACUGAAAGCAGGCUACGCUGUGGUCUGCAGAAGAGGAAACCAGUAUGAGGUGAAAGAAGCUGGAAGAAUUGAGGGUCAACAGUCAGCACAGAGAGCUGAAGUAAUAGCCCUGACUCGAGCCCUCAGACUGUCUAAGGACAUGAAGGUGAACAUUUACACUGAUUCAGCUUAUGCUUUUGGGGCAGCUCACGUGGAACUUGCCCAAUGGAAAAGAGCAGGUUUCAGAACGGCAACCAAUGCCCCAAUAAGCCAUAAGAAGGAAAUGGAGGAACUGGAAGAAGCUCUGAAUGACCCAGACGAGGUGAGUAUCAUAAAAUGCAAAGCACACUCUCAAGAAAAAACAAUGGUGGCCAAAGGGAACCAGAAAGCAGAUGAAGCUGCAAAAGAAGCUGCCGGCUACAAAGGACGAAGGCAGAUGGUGGCAGUUAUCGCUGAAGAAGAGACAAACACGGACGUGUGGGAAGAAACCAGAAAAGCCCAGGAAGAGGCCACCCCAGAGGAAAAGGAGGUGUGGCAGGCCCGAGGAGCCCGGAAAGAAGGAGGUCUAUGGAGAGGACCCCACGGGCGACCGGUUCUGACAGCUAAACUGGCUGAAAGGAAGGUAAGGGAAGCGCAUGGGCUUGGUCAUGUAGGAGUGACACAGAUGGAGAGAAACUUGUGUCACUGGUGGCACCCUCACUUGAGAGACAUGAUAAAAGAAAAAGCCAGAACGUGUCUGAUUUGUGGGGCACACAAUCCAAAACCAGCGGUGAAGCCAGAACCAGGUAAGUUUCUCAUGCCAGAGAGACCGGGAGAAGAGAUUGUGAUUGAUUUCACCGACAUGGUAGAUCCAGGUCCGGGAGGGACCAGGUAUUUGUUGGUAUGUGUGGAUGCUCUGACCGGCUGGCCAGAGGCAUGGGCGACAAAGAGAGAGGAUGCAAAAAGUGUGAUUAAAUGUCUGAUUAACCACUACAUUCCAAGGCAUGGGUUCCCUAAGAGAAUUAGAUCAGAUAACGGCACCCAUUUUAGAAAUCAGGAUUUAGCAGAGGUGGAGAGAAUGUUGGGGGUUCAGCAUAAGUUUGGGACAGUGUAUCAUCCACAGUCCCAGGGGAAAGUAGAAAGAAUGAAUCUAAAUUUGAAGAACAAAUUAGCUAAGAUCUGCGCGCAGACAGGGUUGAACUGGGUUGCGGCCCUGCCAAUUGCUUUGAUGACUAUAAGAUGCUCUGUUAACCAAUCAACAGGUUUCACACCCUACGAGCUGCUGACAGGAAGGCAGUUUCCGGCGCCCUGGACAGUGGUCCCGGAGGAGCAGCCCAGAAAAAGUAACAGGUCCCAUGCUGAAUAUUUUAAUGAGUUGAAAGCUCUUGUGUCCAGUUUCACAACACAGGUUACCUCUGGAGGACCCACAGCAGAAAAGGAGGUCCCAGAUGCAAAAGCAGUGUGGCUGAAAGUCAUCAAGAGGAAGUGGAAGGAACCGCGCUGGACCGGUCCGUACGAGGUGACGGCCAGGACGAGCACAGCGGUUCGGCUUAAAGGGAAAGGCGACACCUGGUUCCAUUGGACGCAGUGCGCUGCAGCAGACGAGAGUUUGGUGGAGAAGAACUCAGCUUCACCAGACACGGGUGGUAAAAAUCAGAGGCAGAAUAAAUCCUCUCACCUGUGCAACGGGCCGACCAGUAGUCCACCUGGAAGGCCGAAGCAAGAAGAACAGCCCAGGAGGAGAUCGCCACGUCAACACAAAGGAGUGGUAACAAAUUAAGGAGAAAGAAAGGCGCACUAGUUUAUGCUAAAAGUACAAAUUUCACACAAUACAAUGCACCCACACGAAUCAGAGACACGUAAUGGGACACGUGAAGAGAAGAAAUUGGUAAAAAUGCUUCUCACAACCACAUGUUUGUUAGGUCAGAUAGUGUUAGUUCUGGCCGUGUGUUUUCUUGUGUAUUUUUUGCAGACCGCCCUGGGGAACCUGUCCGAGCACGGCGGCCAGUCCAGCCCACCACCAACUGAGAAACUGGAUACGGAGAUGUGGCCAUUGAAAAGACCAAAGCGUGAGGUCUCGGGUAAGAGGGAUGGGUGUCUCAGCGCAUUUAAUGGCAUAGAACUGGACUACGUUAAAGGGUCCACAAGCUCAUACACGUUUGAUUUGUGUGGAGUGAUUAAUUGUAACGGAGCAAACAGCAGCUGGAGGGGAUAUGAUGUGUGGGUUUGUAGUCAUCCUGAUAUUUGUACCCGGGGAGGGAACCCUCACUCCACCCGGGGAAUCCGCCCUGUUCUGGCGUCAUACACGGCAGGGCAGUGGUGCAUUCCUGGGUGGGGCAAUGUGGUAGCUUGGACAGGAGUAGGGUGGCAGCCACAUGUCCCUGAAGGAUUGAAAGGAAUAGCAAUUCAGAGGGAUUUCUCUGCUUCCCAGAACCCUAUCACUCUUUCUCUGGGACCUUGGAACGCUCUGCCCAGGUCAGGUAGUCCGGGAGGCGUGUUCUACCUGGUGAUAGGGGCAGAUGUGUCAGGGACAGACCCGACAGGGGUGAUCAGAGUGAAUCUAGUCAACCCAAAGCCCAAACCGGUCAUAAAAACUCCUGUCACAAAUACUACAGGGAAUUGGGGAAACGAGUCGUUAACUGUAGCACGUGAAGAGCAAAAGAGAAGAGUCCUGAUGGUGGAUUACACUAGGCUGAAGCCACAGGAUUUGAUUGAACGCGCCACUGGUUUCAGUGACAGUAACCUAUGGCUGGACUGGGUGGCUCAAAAUGCUAAAGAACAACAGGUAUCUAACUGUGUUGCUUGUGCUUCAGCUAGGCCGCGGUUGUUUACAGAACCCGCACCACUGUACCCAGAGGACAAGUGGGGCUAUGACUGCAUGCUGCGACUGACAAGGGAGGCGGUGAGCACUGGCAACUGUACAAUCUUGUCCAGUCUUUUUCCACCUAUAGACAAGCAGACACAGGUAGGACCAUUCAUAAGUAAAAAAGAUAACUACACGUGCUUUAAUUUUUCUACAAAUAGGAUGAGAUACAAUCUGGGAGAGAUCGAUCCUAGUUGGUGCUCCGUGACACUCACAGGGAGGACCACUAACAAUAGGACUGACCCCAGCACCUUAAUUGGAAAUUGGGCCAGAAGUGGGUUAUAUUAUUAUUGUGGGCAGAAAACUCUGUUGGUUCGUGUUCCAAUGGGAAGUGUCGGGACAUGCGCUAUGGUGAGAUUGGGAGCUCCACUGAUUCUAAUAGGAAACAAAGUAAAAGCCAUACCACAAAGAAAUACACGCACAUUGGCAGCUAGACGCAAGAGACACAUUCUGAGGAAGAGAGGGACCCAGGGGACUCAUGCAUACGACCCCAGAAUGGACUCACCCACCUGGAUUGACUCAAUAGGAGUGCCCAGGGGAGUCCCAAAUGAGUAUAAGUUAGUGGAUCAAAUAGCCGCUGGUUUUGAAAACUUGCCAAUAAUCUCUGCUCUUUUCCCAGUGACCCCAAACAAGAAUGUGGAUAGAAUAAACUAUGUUCAUUAUAAUGUGCUGAGACUCUCAAACCUAACCAGGGACGCCAUGGAGGGAUUAGUGGAGCAAUUGGGCCCGACCUCACUGAUGGGGGUCCAAAAUCGUAUGGCCCUGGACAUGUUGUUGGCAGAAAGAGGAGGGGUCUGUGCCAUGUUCGGCGAUCAGUGCUGCACCUUCAUCCCCAACAACACUGCCCCAGAUGGCUCAGUAACCCGAGCACUGGAGGGCCUUAGAACCCUGUCCAGGACCAUGCAUGAAGACUCAGGGAUUGAGAAUCCCCUUGAGGGCUGGAUGACAUCCGUGUUCGGGCAGUGGAAGGGGUUUGUGAUUUCUGCAAUGCUUUCUAUUGCUGUCUUUCUAGGGAUUUUGGUCACCUGUGGGUGCUGCCUCAUUCCUUGUGUGAGAAGAUUGUUGGAAAAGGUAAUCGCGAGGGCAGUGGACCCUGGGGAAGUGACCCCGGUGUCCAUGAUGCCAUUGAUAGAAGCAGUUGAGGAGACCGAGGAGUGAUACAGCACCCGGUAUGGUGACCUCUUGUGGUCAAGAGGUCAAAAGGAGGAAUUGUGGAAUUAAAAGAAACUGCUUUACUGCUACAAUAUAUAUCUCAUAGCAUUAGCAUUGCAUUAAUAACAUCACAUAUAGCUUUAAGAUAGUAGGGAGACAUUUAACACACUGACACCAUAUUAACCUUUAUUACAGGUGCAGUUAUAACCAUUUUUAUGUUGUUAUAUCCUUAUACACAAUGCAUAUUUGUGCUUGUUUCGAGUUGAUGUUCCAUCCAAAAGGUUUUAAGCUUCACUGGUGAGAGUGUCCAGGUGAUACAUGUUGGAGGGAGAUGAGAACAUAGUAGGUUAAUUGCAUACAUGCUUACAACACACAUAUAUAUCACAUAUAAUCUAGACACAGAUCUGAGUAGAGGCCUGAAUGUAUUUAGCAAACCUGUAGCACUAGACUCUGCUUAACAACAGGUGACAAGAAGAAGAAGACCAGCCCAUGGCGACCCAGAGGCCAAAGACCAUCGCCUUAUUUGCCAGGAAGAGGAACUUCUGUGUUUGCAUGUAUUUCUUAGAAUAGAUUAUUGUCCGUACAAGUUGCAAAUAAUGUUCUUAGGAAGCAAAAUAUGUGCUUGUAAACGCAUGAGGGGGCGUCAUAAUACCCUGACAGUAUAAAAGCAUUUUGAAAUGUAUUUUGGGUGAAGAUCCUUGCUGAUGUGUGCAGUAAUCAUCUUCCCACGCGUGUGCAAAUAAAUCAUUGUUUUUGACCAUC